GGAGUCAAAAGCUUUGCGGAAGUGUGUGAAACAGGAGUCAUAUGACCGGACAGCAGCAGCUGGAGAAAAUGGUUCCUAGACAUGGAUAAAAUCCUUCAACACGACGCUAAAGCUAAAGCAGCACAUUAAUAGCACCGUUACAUCGUAUUGAUAUACAUAGAUGGACGAGAUUAAAGUGUCUCCUGACUAUAACUGGUUCAGAAGCACAGUUCCCCUGAAGAGAAUAAUUGUUGAUGAUGAUGACAGCAAAGUGUGGUCGCUGUAUGAUGCAGGUCCAAAGAACAUCAGGUGUCCCAUCAUCCUCCUGCCUCCGGUCAGCGGGACGGCCGAGGUGUUCUUCCAGCAGGUCUUGGCUCUGACAGGCUGGGGCUACAGAGUUAUUUCACUGCAGUACCCAGUGUACUGGGAUCUCAUGGAGUUCUGUGACGGCUUCAGGAAGCUUCUAGAUCACCUACAGCUGGAUAAAGUCCACCUGUUCGGGGCGUCUUUGGGAGGAUUUUUGGCUCAGAAGUUCGCUGAAUACACACACAAGUCUCCCCGCGUUCACUCCCUCAUCCUUUGUAAUUCGUUCAGCGACACCUCCAUCUUUAACCAGACAUGGACAGCCAACAGCUUCUGGUUGAUGCCAGCUUUUAUUUUAAAAAAGAUCGUUUUGGGGAAUUUUGCUAAAGGACCUGUGGAUCCUAAAAUGGCAGAUGCCAUUGAUUUCAUGGUCGACAGGUUGGAGAGUCUGAACCAAAGUGAGUUAGCGUCGAGGCUAACACUCAACUGUCAGAACUCUUAUGUGGAGCCACAUAAAAUAAAAGAUGUUGCUCUCACCAUCAUAGAUGUGUUUGAUCAGAGUGCGCUGUCACUCGAGGCCAAGGAGGAGAUGUAUAAGCUGUAUCCCAACGCCAGACGAGCUCAUCUAAAAACAGGAGGAAACUUCCCAUAUCUGUGCAGGAGCGCUGAGGUCAACCUCUACAUACAGAUUCACCUGCGACAGUUCCACGGGACAAGGUACUCUGCCAUCAACCCUGACAUGGUGAGCGCAGAGGAGCUGGAGGUCCAAGAGAGUCACCAGUACUCUGAAGACGACCAAUGAGACAAUGUUGCCUGACAGCUGUUCCCUCCGUACUUUUCAAUCAGUUGAAUUCACAGGACGUUCUCCAGUUUUUCUGUGGAGCUCAGCAGCCGAUUUAGCGAAACAACUGAAAUUAUUUGUAUUUCACAGAUGACUUGAUAUUUUUUGUACAUAAAUGUUACUCUGCCGCUUUGCUUUAAAAACAUACAACUUGCCUUAAUGUGGAAUGAAUCUGAUAAUUGCUGCACUUGUAAACAAAAUGUGUUCAUGUCUGUGUAAACUAUUUAAUUUGGUGGCCACCAAUGAACUGGUUGCCUAGAAGGAUGAUCACACUAGUCACACUGGAGCAAUGUAUAUCUUACUGUGAUGUGUAAUUUAAAAAAAUUGGUAUUCAUUUUUUGGAAGCCUUUACACUAAAAUGAAUUUCUCAUUAUGUAGUAAUUUUCCUCCAUGCCAUAAACAAGAUUCCCAAACCGA